AUGUCAGGUGAAUUAUCUCUAAAUAUUAACAUCAAGGAACCGCGCUGGGAUCAGAGCACCUUCGUUGGAAGGGCCAAGCAUUUUUUUACAGUCACUGAUCCGAGGAAUAUCCUUCUGCCCGAUGAACAGCUGGAGCACGCAAGGCAGAUCGUUCACGACUACAGGUACAGACUGCUACACAGUAAUAUGCAUAAACUCUCUUCCUUGUUAUUGGAACGAGCAUUCCAUAAACGAAUCAAAUAUAAGUCUAAGGUGUCAGUCAUUCUCAAUAGAAGAAUGCACAUUUCUCAAUGAAAAUGGGAAAUGAUCAAAAUGUCUAUGCUUUUAUUUAUCCAUUUGCUUAAAGUGUGCCUAUUCUGGUACAUGCCACUAAUGUUUAAUGCUAGGAAAUGUAUAGAUUUUAAUUACACCUUAAAGGGACACUAUAGGCACCCAGACGACUUCAGCUUAUUAAAGUGGUCUGGGUGCAUUGCCACGGUCUAUCAAUAACUGCAAUAAUUAAAGAGGUUAAUUCAAUUUUGUAUUUCUAGCACUAUAGUUUCCCUUUAAAAUAUGUGACCAACCUUCCCUCAUCCAACUCAGUAUGGACCCUUGGGGUGAGUGAACAUUCCACACUGUAUGUUUAAUGCUUCCAUAUGACAGAUUUAAAUGAAGAGUCAUUAUGGAACUUCCAUAACAAUCAGAAAAAAAGUUAAUAGUGUAACUUGGCUGCUGAGAUUGUGGCUAAUCCGCAACCACGGUGUGUUUGUCCUCAUAUGUACUGUUAGAGUAAAGCUCGCAGUGAUCCUACUAGCUAUUAUCAGAAUGAAAAUAAGAAUAUGUCCGUUUUAGUCCUCAUCAAUGAUUUUAAUUCAUAAUGGAUUCUGUGGCAACCUUGUAAGUUCCUGGUUUACCCAGGGGCAUUGACCUUCAGCGUGCAUAAGGCCAAGUGUGAGAGCUAAUAGUGUUAUCAAAAAGUAAACUUUGGGAAAAUGUUUGUCACAUUGUAAUGUUUAUCUUGUAACAAGUAGUAAUGCAGUGCCAGCAUUUAAAUGGGAUAUGCAGGUUUUAUAUCUAAUUUUAUUCCCUGAGUCUUAGUUUAUCUAUGAGACUUUUUAGUUUGCAUCUUUUAUGAUAUCAGGCUAUCAAGUGUUUAACUGUACUGCAGUAAUCAGUAAAAUGCUGAGUGAUAUCUUUAGUUAUCCACAUAAGGUCAAUCGCACCACUUCUGUUUCUAUUCUAUACAAGGCAGGGCAUUGUGAACCCAACACUCACUGAAGAUGAACUAUGGAGAGCAAAAUAUGUGUAUGAUUCAGCAUUCCACCCAGACACUGGUGAAAAGAUGAUAUUAAUCGGAAGAAUGUCUGCUCAAGUACCAAUGAAUAUGACGAUCACUGGCUGUAUGAUGACUUUCUACAGGUAAGAAAUUAUACUGAUGUCCGUGAAGGCUGCAUGUGGUUGUCUUACAAGGAAAGCAUUACCACAAUCAUGCAAUUUGCUUAUCAUGAUUGUUACCUGCGUAGUUGGAUCAGACCAAAAGCUUAACAUUGACUGUAAAGUUUUGACCUUUGGGUCUUGUCGACAUGGAUUUCUGACUUUAAAAUGACUUUAAAGAGACACUAUAGUCACCAGAACAUCUACAGCUCAUCGUAUUUUUUUUUUUUCUGGUGAGUAUGAUCAUUCCCUGCAGGCAUUUUUAUGUAAACAGAGAAAAGGCAGUGUUUACAUUGUCCCAUAGGGAUACCUACAGUGGCCAUCUGAGGAGUGCUCACUGGAGGUAUCCCUAGGGGGCAAUGUAAAUACUGCCUUUUAUUUGGCCACUGAAGGUGUUUCCGGCCAUUCAGCGUCUUCACGCUUUGCAUGGAGACACUGACUUUUCCUCAUGAUUUAAUGUAUCUCUAUGAGAAAAUGCUGCUUGGUCAAGCCGGUGUUUGGUCCAGCCUCCUUGUUGAUUUCAGCCAAUCCAAUGCUUUCCCUAAAUGCUGAUCAGCAAGGGGGGCGGAAAUAAGGUAGGUUCUCCUACCUUUUAACGGGGCUAAGGGGGGACAAGCCACCUAAAUGGUGGUUUUCACACUAUAGGGUCAUGAAUACAUGUUUGUGUUCCUGAUCCUAUAGUGUUCCUUUGAGGUCAAAGUAGUCGCAGCUGGAAGAAUAGUGGAUUUGGCAGUUUUAACUAGCUUGGCUAUUCAAUUAACAACAAUGUUCAUCAUAAUGAAUAACCCUGUAAAUUAUAUAUUCACAUUAAUCAAUGGCAACUCUUAACACAGCAUUUUCAGUACUUAAUAACUCCAGCAACAUCAGAAUAAGCACCAUGCCGACGAGACUCGUAAUUGAAGUGUACUGUAGUUCUUUUGCUUGCGUUCUCUCUACUUUCUGCUCUUUUGCAUCUUUCACUUUCAGAACCAUUUUAUGCUAAUUACGCCACCCUGCCCCCCUUUCCCCAUCACACCAAUAAUAGACACGAAUAGGGAGCUGUGAUGCCUCUGCUAUGCUAUACAUGGUAUAUGUGUGUCAUGGCGUGUGUGUGUCUGUCUGUCCUUCAUGAUGUGUUUGUUUAGGUUACCAGACCCCUUCCGUUCACAAGGGAAUUAUGUUUUAUUCACUUUUUAGUUUUUUACGCCAUGCUGGUCUCCCCUCAACUGGCCCUGCCUCUAUGGCUGAGAUUAUCAAGCUAUAUGAUCUCAACUAAUCCAAUGUUUUGCCAUAAGAUUGUCUGCAAAACGCUGCAGCAAUCAGCAUCUCCUCAUUGAGAUGCAUUGAAUCAAUGCAUCUCUAUGCGGAACGUUCACCUACUAUGCAGGAAGCACCUCUAGUGACCGUCUGAGUGACUGUCACUAAAGGUGUCACUAGGAAGCAAUGUAAACACUGCCUUUUCUCUGAGCCUCACAUCCAGCCUGUUGUCAAAUCCUGCCAAUGCCACCUUAAAAAUAUUGCCUGCAUCCACCCCUUUCUUACGCAAGACGCUACACAGGAGCUUGUCCAUGCUCUAGUAAUCUCUUGCAUGGAUUAUUGUAACUCUCUCCUAAUUUGUCUUCCCAUUAUCUGUACUGCCCCACUACAGUCUGUACUGCUCUCCCCUCUAUCAGUCCUUACAUUGGCUUCCUGUGUCCUAUAGACAUCAAUUCAAAGUACUAAUUCACAUCUAUAAACACUGAACAAUUCUUGCCCCUCCUAUAUCUCUUCGCUGAUCCAUGGUAUGCCCCUUCUCGGCUUCUCCUCUCUGCCCAUGACCUUCUCUUGUCCGCUGCUCACACCGUAUGGCCAACUCACGCUCACCAGACUUCUCACGGGCGUCUCCUUUCCUUUGCAAUAGCCUGCCUACGCCCAUCAGACUCUCACCUGGUCUUCGAUCAUUUAAAGGACCACUAUAGGCACCCAGACUACUUCAGCUCAGUGAAGUGGUUUGGGUGGUUUUAACCCUUCAGAUGUAAACAUAGCAGUUUCAGAAAAACUGCUAUGUUUACACUGCAGGGUUAAUCCAGCCUCUAGUGGCUGUCUUCCUGACAGCCACUAGAGGCCGCCGCGAUUUACACAGAGUAAAUCACACUUAUUUGACGCUGGACGUCCGCACAGAGUCCAGCAUCAAAAAAGAUCCCCAUAGGAAAGCAUUUUCUAUGUGCGCGUUUGAAUGCGUGCACGCCUCUGGCCACGCAUGCGUAUUAGGCUCCACGCGGGAACUGACGUCAAUGGAGGAGGAGAGGUCACCAGUGCCGAGGGAGCCCAGCGCUGGAUUAAGGUAAGCAAAUAAAUGGUUAAUUUACCAUUUAUUCGCCACGCAUCGGGGCUCUAGUCACCUAAGCGGUGACUAGGGCUCUAUAGCAUUAGGAACACAUAUUUGUAUUCCUAACGCUAUAGUGUUUCUUUAAGAAGUGCCGCAAAACCCAUCUCUUCAGGAAAGCUUUUGGCCUGCAACAGUAAGCUCUACCUCACAUACCUGUCCUUUGCUCUUUCCUAAAGUGCAGAACUCCACUCUCUCCUCCAGAUCUGCUUCAUUCCCACCUUGUUAGACUGAUUUUUCCUGUCCUAUUGUGUUUUAUACCCCACCUCCUCUAGACUGUAAGCUCAUUUGAGUAGGGUCCUCUUCAACCUAUUGUUCCGGUAAGUUUUUGUAAUUGUCUCAUUUAUUAUUAAAUCUCCCCCUCUAAUAAUAUUCUGAAUUGCUACGGAAUAUGCUGGCACUAUAUGAAUAACAAUAAUAUUCAUGUAAUUUUUCUUUUAUAAUUUUUCUUCACUUGUGGAAAUAUAGAUUAGUAAUUUGCAUGUUUUUAAAUAUAGGUUACUUUUGUGCUAAAUAUAUUGAAUUAAAUUGGGCAUGGUAGAGACAUUCUCCAUUUUCUUCAUACAAAUUGGUACAUUUUUAGAAUGUGUGUUGAAUACGUUUGAAAAAUAACUUCUAAAAUAAGCAAUUUUUUACUUAGACGGGUUAUAAGCUGGUUAUAAAAAAAGUGCUGCCUAUUACAAUAUAUAUUUACACACAUACAUUUUCCUUUUCAAAUUGUAUUUAUUCAAUUUCCACAAUAGAUUCUUGUAUUUAAUGUAGAUUAUCUUGUUUUCAGCUUGCUAGAGAAACCAGAAAAUGUAUACAUCUGUCAAAAGAUUCUUAUAAAAUGGCUAGACUUUGCAGAUGUGAAUUCUGCUAGAACACAGAUGUCCAAAUCCAGCCUUUCAAGCGACUGCCUAUUAGCCACGUCAAAAGAGCCUGUAAAUGCUAUCUGCUGUUUUUUCCAUUUUUAGAACAACACCAGCCGUGGUCUUAUGGCAGUGGAUUAACCAGUCCUUUAAUGCCAUUGUUAACUACACGAACAGAAGUGGCGAUGCUCCCAUCACUGUAAGGUAGGAAUGAUGCAUACUACUGAAUCAUGUGGCCUCAUAUUGUACUUUUAGGCCUUAUCCCGGAAUACUGACUUGCGCAGCGUUACCUCUUUGGAUUCUUGCCCUUUGCAGAAAGGCUAAAAGGUGACCUAAAAAUGAUAAUGCUGAGUGACAUGUCAUGAAAAGUAAAACUGUGUGCAAAGUUAAGAAUGAGCAGAUCAUUUGUACCUAUAUGCACGCUAGUUUUCAUUUUAUGUAAUAUAUUCUACUAUGGUUUAAAGGACCACACUGCAAAAAAAUUCUAAUUUCUUUUUUCUUUUUUUUUCUUUUUUUUUAAGUGAACAUCGCUGUUUAGUAGAUAUAUCCCCAAUGGAUACAUGCAUGUGCAUCAAGUCUGAACAGAAUAGGGGAGCAAGUAGAGCACACUUGCCAUUUCCGUUUGCUCAAGGGAGUUAACAGAAGGGGGGUGCAACCUCCCUUGCUGCUUGAGUGUCAGUCAAGGACAUAACUUAAAGAGACACUAUAGGCACCCAGACCACUUCAGAUUAUUAAACUGGUCUGGGUGCAGUGUCCCAGGUUCCUUAAGCCUGCAACGGUAAUUAUUGCAGUUUUUAAGGAGCAGAUGCGGAGCCUGAACCAGCACUGAGGGACAUCAGUGUUGGAAUUAGGUACACAUGGAGGGGGGGCGCUAUAGUGCCAGAAAAAAAAAAACUUUGUUUUCCUGACACUAAAGGUUCCCUUUAAUUAUAGACAUGCAGAUUUCUCAUGGAACUUUGCACUUUUAUUGAUUGGAGGUACAAUAUGAUGCUCCUCAUCUAUAAAGCUGAAGUGCUUUAUUUGUGUGGAGUGUUUUGGUUUUUUUUGUUAAUCAGUAUUGGAAUAGUUUAGUUCUGUUGAUUAACUUCGGGCUGCUUUGAGUCUUCUGUUGUCUUUUUCCUUCAUACUUUUUUCUGUUUUGUAUUCUAAGGAAAGACGUACAAAAUGCUGAUUUCAGAUCCCAGUACUCUUUGUUCUUUCUUCCCCUUCUGCGCAAGUGUUUGGGUUCAAUUUUUAAUGAAACCGAUAGAACCAUUCCAUUGUAUUUUUUUCGUAUUAUAAAAAAAUGUUACCUAUGAGAUUAUACGCAGUUUAUUUUUCUAGAGAUAAGUAAAAUAUUAGUUAUUGUACAUUUUCCAUGCAUGAGAGAAUUACAGUUUGUGCCUUAACUUGUCAUUUGUCCAUCCACAUGUUUGUCACUAACAUUUUGGGGAGUUAAGGGGGUAUUGAACACUGGCAAUUAAAUAUAUAUUUAUAAUCGCAUAUAGUAAGUUUCAUGUUUGGAAUGCUAUCAUUUCACCACGUGUCCGUUAUCUAGUAGCCUGUGAGACUUUUAAAGGCAAUAAAUAAUUUCCUAGAGUACUCUCAGGCAUAGUCAUAGCGGGAACUAUAUAUUUAUUUAUUACAACCAUGGCAUGUAACUGAGUGUCUGGUCACACAGACACCUGUCUAGGUUUUACUAUGGGGAAAGGGAAAUGCUCUAUAGCCAGCUCUGAUCAGGAUCACUAAUUUAUGCUGAAUUUAUGACGUACCAUAGAAAUGGAGAUGGAAUACUUGUGCCAAUUUAUGAGGGUCUUUGCUAUUAUAGGUAAUAGACUUAAACCCUUUUUAAGACUACAUAUUUUACCCAUUUACAAUGCCCUAUGGGGCAUUACUAUUGGGUCUCCAGCCCCUCAAACCUUGUAAAAAUGAUUUAAAAUGUACAUGAUGUCCAGCUGGUCUCCACUCCCACCACUGAUGUCAGCUCUGCACUUGCACGGUCCAAUCAUUGGCUUCUUAUAGAGAAGCCUGUGAUUGGACUCUUUCACUGGAUCAGAGUGCAUGCACACACUCCGAGCUGGGGUGGGAGGGAGAUAAAAAUAAAUAUAUAUAUUAUAUAUAUAUAUAUAUAUAUAUAUAUAUAUAUAUAUAUAUAUAUAUAUAUAUAUAUAUAUAUAUAUAUAUAUGUAUAUGUAUAUGUAUCGAUAAGAUGGAGCACUCAAAAGGACUUCAACACGGUGUAUUUAUUGUGACGAAAAGUUUACAACAUAGUGCAAAUAAUUCUGAUCAGAAUUAUUUGCACUAUGUUGUAAACUUUUCGUCACAAUAAAUACACCGUGUUGAAGUCCUUUUGAGUGCUCCAUCUUAUCGAUUUAUCUAUAUUUUGGACGUCGGAAGCACCAAAGGCAGUUGUAUUGGGAAUACUUCAGGGGUGAGUGCCUGAAUUAAUAAAUAAUAAAUAUAUAUAUAUAUAUAUAUAUAUAUAUAUAUAUAUAUAUAUAUAUAUAUAUAUAUAUAUAUAUAUAUUAUGUAUGUAUAUUAUCUCUAUCAUUUUUUUUUUUUUUCUUAUUUUUUUUUCUCAUGUAAGCAGGGGGAGUACACACAAUGAGGGAGGUGAAAACUAUAUUCCACAUGCAGGCAUGGCUAUUAUUACAUCUGUUGCCAGCACAUAAAUGACAGAUGUGUUUUAUGCACAGAAUUGACAUUCGCCAGUGUGAAACAGUGUUCUGGGCUGCCUAAGUCACAUGUGCUUGAGGUGGAACUAUCCUCCGGCACACAAUUAAAAAUAGCUCUGCAUGUGCAGUGUUGCAAGCAGAAACAGUGCACAUUCAUACUCCUACCACCAUGACCACUUCGAAUCACUGACGUGGUCAUGGUUCUUAGAGUAACCAUUUAAGGGCAUGCCAUUAAACACUAGCUGAAAGGUAUCUAUUGUUAAUUCUUCCUUCCUUUUUUUUUUUUUUUUAAGCUAGCUAUCAAAACAUAGUUGAGUGCCAGCAAUUAAGAACAGUUUUCCCAGAGUUUUGGUUUUGGUUUGUAUUCAUAUAAUUUUUAGUAGUUUUUUGAAAGGGAGAAUUUCAAUUACAAAGGAAUAUUUUGCAACCUAGCUGCAAAUUCAUUGUUCGUUUAUGUGCUAUUAAAAUUGUGUCUUAAGUUCUUAAUCUACUAAAUCUCCAUUUUUUUUCCUCCCAUUUCUCUGUUAUAUCAUGUAAUGCCUUUGGACUGGAUUUUUAACAUAAACUGACUAUACACAUGCAAACACCUCUGCCUCUUGUUGUUUUAGCCAACUGGGAACAGCUUAUGUUUCUGCCACCACAGGUGCUGUUGCGACAGCUCUAGGACUAAAUGCACUAACCAAGGUACUUGACAUUCAUAUUUGUUUUGUAACCUAAUUACCAGAAUUAACCUAUAUCCAUUUAACUUGUGUUCACUCUAAUACAAAGUAUACAUCCGGUAGCAUGUGACCUUGACCACAGAAUGCCAUGUAAAUUACUAUGGUCAAGACAUAUAUUGUUGGAGAAAAUAUGUGUUAUUAAAAAAGAAAUAAUUUUUGAUUCUGUGAGUUGAUGUGGAUUGGGGAAGGCCUGUAAUCACUUUAUAAUGAUUGUGUUACCAACAAAGUAGUCUGUCAUUGUUCUCGAACCCUGAAAAGGAAUCUGUCUGCAAAAUACGAGAGUCCUGUUUUAUCACCUUAGAAAUACAAAUUGCAUAUAUAUCAAUCAAAUGCGUAUAUGUAUAUACACAUGCCCACACAUAUUGGAAUAGCCUGCGGAUAGAUAUUCUGGUUUAAUCAGAGAAAGUUGUGUACAACCAGCAGUAAUUGUCAUGACGUGCUUUGCAUUAUCAGUGGUUUGAUAAUUUAUUUUCUUCUCUUAACAGUUUUAAUUUUAUUGUUUAAUCCUUCAAGCUAUGUGCCAUGUUCUUGGUUCUGAUAUUUCACUAAAUCAAGGUAAUAAUAAAAAAUCACCCAUUUUUGCUUUAUUUUUCUUUAGCAUGUCUCACCCCUAAUUGGAAGAUUUGUUCCCUUUGCUGCUGUAGCUGCUGCCAACUGUAUCAAUAUACCCUUAAUGAGACAACGGUAA